AACAUUAUAUAUAGAGUGAGUAUAGCUCAUAAGCUCACCACCAUGCAUCAAACAAUUCACGCCUCUUAGCUCCAUAAGCUUCUUUAUUAUGUUUUAGGUAUUAUAACAUUACAUGAAUAUAUAAAAAGCAAAAUUUGGAGUCUACGUGAAAAAACAUGAAAACACCUUGCAGCUCUGUGGGUAAGACCCAAGAGCGUUUCUCGAUAAGUCUCAUAUUCAGAUGCAUCAGAGUUCUCAUCAAAAGAUCUAUUUCUUUCUUAUCCUAUUAGAAAAUUUCCUUUGAAAUUUUACUUUCUUCAAGUAUAUCUCUCUCUCUAUAUAUUUGCUUUCUUGGGUGUUUUCAGUCUUUCAGAGGUUUUAUAUAUAUAUAUAUAUGAAACUUUGUCUACUAGUGUGCAUAUAUAGCGGCGAAAAAUGUCAAGAAAACCGUGUUGUGUCGGAGAAGGGCUGAAGAAAGGGGCAUGGACCACCGAAGAAGAUAAGAAACUCAUCUCUUACAUCCACGAACAUGGAGAAGGAGGCUGGCGCGACAUUCCCCAAAAAGCUGGGUUAAAAAGGUGUGGAAAGAGUUGUAGACUGCGUUGGACUAACUACCUAAAACCUGAUGUCAAAAGAGGCGAGUUUAGUUCAGAGGAGGAACAGAUUAUUAUUAUGCUUCAUGCUUCUCGUGGCAACAAGUGGUCGGACAUAGCGAGACAUUUACCUAGAAGAACAGACAAUGAGGUCAAGAAUUACUGGAACACUCAUCUUAAAAAGCGUUUGAUCGAACAGGGUAUUGAUCCCAUGACUCACAAGCCUCUGGCUUCUAAUUCCAACCCUACCGUCAACACGCCUCCAGAGAAUUUGCAUUCCCUUGCUGCGCCUAGUUCCGACAAGCAAUACUCCCGGUCGAGCUCAUUGCCUUCCCUGUCUCGUCUUACCAACAAAGAUGGGACACCAGUUCAAGGCGGUUCCUUGAGUCACAAGAAAAGUUUUAAGAGGUCGAGUUCUACAUCAAGGCUUUUGAACAAAGUUGCGGCUAAGGUCACUUCUGUAAAAGAAAUAUUGUCGGCUUCCAUGGAAGGUAGCUUGAGCGCUACUACAUUACCAUAUGCAAGCUAUUCUGAUGGCUUCUCUGAGCAGAUUCGCAAUGGAGAGGGUAGUUCCAACGCGUUCCUGACAAAUACUCUCGCCGAGUUCGAUCCCUUCUCCCAAUCACCGUUGUACAGUGAGCAUGAGAUCAACGCUACUUCUGAUCUCGGUAUGGAUUACGAUUUCUCACAUUUUCUUGAAAAGCUUGGGAGAGAUGACCACAACGAGGAGAACGAUAUGAAUGUCGAGUAUGGUCAUGAUGAUCUUCUUAUGUCCGAUGUGUCUCACGAAGUCUCAUCAACAAGCGUUGAUGAUCGAGACAAUAUAUUUGAAAAUUUUGAGGGUUGGUCAAAUUAUCUUCUUGACCAUGCGGAUUUCGUAUAUGACACGGAGUCUGAUACCCUCAUAUGAGUCUCCAUUACCAAACAGAAAGGUUUCAAACUAUUUGAAACUUGCCAACGAGAAGUUAUGUACGUGUGUAUUAUUUGCAUCGUUUAGUAUACGUCCAAGCUUUCAGGGGUAAUAAUCCCGAGUUUAGGGGUUAUAUCAUGUCAAAUAAGGGUUAAUCUUAAGUUUCCGCAAGAAGUAAAAAUAAUAAUAAUCGAAUUAGGGUUUCUCUGCCA